AUUCUAAUAGCUUCCUUUUCUUGGCCCCCUUUGCCUCGAUUAUGCCGGAGGCUUCAGCACUGGGACCCAUUGAUCCUCGUUCCGUGUCGCAGAGCGAAGAGGAAAGGAAAGCGCCAUGGAUAGUGCGCAAGCUCGCGGGCUCCAUGACGGGCAGGAUCGUCAUGUCCUCUUAUGAAUCCCUACGCGCCGCCGGAACCAGCGUCGUCUGUCUGUCGCCAUGGGGCGACUCCUCUCCGCUCCUUCUGCCAUGCAUCCGAUUCAGAGACCUGGUCAUGCACUCCGUCAUAGCAGCCACCGGAGGUACUGCUGCGAUAGCAGCUCCGGUAAUGGGCCCGAUUUCAGAAGCCGUAGUCACUACGCUAGGCGACACGAUCCUAGUCGAAGUGGGACUCCACACCGGAUUUGAGCUUGCCACCAAGGGUGCCAACGAUCUCCUGAUCGAGCACCCCGUGAGCCACUUGAUCCCGCUUCAUUCCAAACGGCUGGAGACUACCGCCGUGAAAGAGCUCACGAUUACGCUCAAGUACAAGCAUACCGUCGAAGACGCCAGCCUGGGAUUCUUCAGAAGUAGCGUGCAUGGAGAUAGCUCCCUGUUCGCCAGCGUGAAAGAUUACUUGGCUGUGGAAAAGGGCUGGUUCUCUCCAUACCUGUUCGCGAGCGGACGAAGGCCUAUAAUACCCCGCUCCAUGAAGCCUGAUGUCGUAUUUUGCCACGGACCAUUUCUAUCAGGUGACUACAAAAUCGGCGAAACCCUCCUGAAUGAGUCUGCCUCAGUAAUAACACUAGCAAACACCCCGCCCGCCGAGCCCGAACCGAAGCCAGAGGCGCACCAUGCCUCCUCUGGCCUCAAAAUCCCCACCCUCUCCAAAUUCCUCGACCGCUCGCGCACGCCCUCCCCGGAGCCGGACCCCGCACUCGCAGUGCCCCCCGCCCCGCAGCCCCGUCGCCUCGUGAUCCUCGUCGUGGGACUCAAGCCGCACCGCGCGGGCUUCUGGACGACCAGCCAGCGCCCGAGCGAGAGCGUCAUCCGCUACCAGCUGCUCAACGGCUGCCCCGCCAUUGUCGUGCCCGCCAAGGCCGGCGCGCCGCUCCUCGCCUGGGACACCCUGACGUUGGAGCACCUCUGGGCGGUGAGCCUGCCGCCUGAAUCCGAGCCCGCAAUGCCAGAACAGGCGCGGAGUGGGUUCCACGGCAUCGUCACAGUGCUGUUCGAGUACCUGGAUUUGUGCGUCGACUGGGAGCGGUUGGUGCUCCCGGAAGGAGAGAAGAAAGGAGACGGGAUGGACGAGAAGAAGACUACGCUUAAGGAUGCGGUCGCCCUGCUGGUCGCAGCGGCGGUGAGGAGCGGGGAGAGCAAGGAGGUGAAGAAAGAAGUUGACAAGGAGCGCAGCGGUAUCGCGAUCUGGCGUAUUCCUUGAACUCUUUCCAGGGUGCCAGUGCUUCAUAUCAAAGUUCUCCGGCCCCGAGGAUACCUUGCUUAUACCCCGCGCAGUACGAACAUUAACAGUGCUGUCAUUCAAAGUACGUUAUUAUCGUGGACCAGGCAUACAGCUAUGUGCGAUCAUAGUAGGAGUGCAAGACAUUAUUAUUUAUGAGCUAGCAGCAGGACCGGGCGUCGUGUAGGCAAGUGGUGUUAAAUAUUGCGUUUUGAGUCGUCAGCAUGAGCGUAAGAACUUGAAAGCAGAACUGGAUUUGAACGACGUCAAAGAAGACCCAUGAGUGAAGAAAUAUACCGGGGCGUGCAUAGAGAAAGAGAGUUACGAGUCCGAGAAAACCUAGGCUGAACCGAUGGACGGUCAAGCGGGGGCUUCGUCUCCUAAGCGCCUCGCGGCCGUGGAAGAUCCCAGGUGUAGACGAAUGUGCCUGGACGUGCCGUCAAAAUAUUUUAUGCAUGGUGAGCAUUUUGCAAACUUUACGAGCGGGUUGAUCACUCGGCGUCUAUGUACAAGUCCUUGCGUGAAAGAGCCGGAUCCGAAACGGUGCUUAUGAAGCGGGCUGUUGUUGGGGCUUCCAGGGCCCAUCCGUGUGUUGACCCAUCACGAACACGACGUCUUCCUCCUCCUCUUCCUCGGCCUCGAUGUCAGCGGACUUCAUGUCUUCAGGAGAACUCGUACUCGAAGAGGGGUUAUGUUCCGCCGAAGAAUGAGACGGAGCCUCUGCUUGUCCGGGAGCAGCGUCGCUCUCGAAAUGACUCUUGGCUGCACCUGGCAGGACGAACUGCUUCCACUGAUCUCCUCCCAUCCGAACCCAGUCAUCGCGCAGUUCAACAGCUGAGGACAGAGAGAGAACGUCCUUGACCAAGUCGAUGUCGACCGUCAAGUGACGAACUCGGUUGAAGGACGCCAGAAGGUGGACUGAUACCCAACCUAGCGAGUCCAUCCUUUGCCUGAGGAAGAAAUCUUGGGCCAUGUUCUGCGGGCUGAGAUAAUAUUCCAACUGCCCUAGAAGAGACUGCCUAAAAGGAUCCAGAGGGAAGGACACAGCAGAAAUGGGAGCCGGCGCGGGUGGUACAGUUUGAGGAAUAUGUAUCGGCGGAACGUAUGCAGCUGGAUGGUAGCCUUCAUAACCGGGGACCGGGCCAUAGGGGCCAAUAGGAGGCACGUAAUAUUGUGUCCCGUAGUCGGCCUGAGGCGGUAGUUGCUGGAAGUGCG